GGCCGCGCGCGGCUGAAGAUCCCGCGCAGCCUCCGCGCAGCCGCGCGCGCCCCGCGCCGCCAGGGCCAUCUUGGGCCGCCGCCGCGCCCCAGUGACAGACGGUGCCGCCGUCCCGCAGUGCCCGCCGCGGCCUCGGAAGACCCAGCCCACACCCGCUGAUGAGCUCCAUGAACCCCAUGAAACCCUCGCUGCCGCCUGCGCCCCACGGGUGGGCGCCGGGGCAGCGUCCCUCCAUCCACCCAUCCUUUCCUCCAUGCAUCCGUGCAUCUAUCCCCUUGUCUGUCCCAUCAUCCCUUCCAUUCUUCAUCUCUCAAUUUCCUCAGUACCUCCAUCCCCCAGUCCCCUCUGUCCCUCCAUCCCUCUGUCCUUCAUCUUCAUUAAUUUGUUUUUCUUUCUAGUGAUGGUUCAUUUGCAUACGAGGCUGUUCCUUGGCAACCAAGCACCAAUCAGCCACCGGGAUCCCUCUCCGUAGUAACCACUGUCUGGGGUGUCAGCAACCCCUCCCAGAGCCAGGGUUUUGGUAGCCCCAUGGGCCCUGGGGGGAGCAGCUCCAGCACGCCGCUGAUGCCUGGUAUGGCAGGCAGCGGCUCGGGCAUGAGCUCACCGCCAUUCCUGCCACAGCAGCCCUUCGCUGAGGGGGCACCAGGGAAGGGGUAUGUGCAGCCAAGUGUCUAUGGCCGCAACACCUAUCCCAGUGGGCCAGGCUUCACUGCCAGCUACAGUGGGGGCCCGAGUGGCCCUGGAGGGAUGGGGCUACCCUCACAUGCCAGCCGGGCUACUGCUGAUUUCACUCAGGCAGCAGCUGCUGCUGCUGUGGCUGCGGCUGCUGCCACAGCCACAGCCACAGCCACAGCGACGGUGGCAGCACUGCAGGAGAAACAGAGCCAGGAGCUGAGCCAGUACAGUGCGAUGGGCACAGGGCAGUCUUUCAGCAGCCAGUUCCUGCCCCAUGCUGGGUCCCGUGGCCCCAACAGCAUGAGCCCGGCUGGCAUGGCAGGUGUUGUGGCCCCCUCUGGUGUCUCCCCUGUGGGCAUGAGCACAGUGCGGGCCCCUGGGACUGGCCCUCUCUAUGGAGGGCAGCGAGUGCCUCAGCACACCUACCCUGGCCCUUCUCAGAGCCAGCAGCUGCCCCGCCAGGGCCUUAAGAGAGCAUACUCUAAUGAGGGGUACCCAGCACAGCAGUACCUCCAGGGCGGGCAGUACACUGCAGCUGGUGCCCAGUAUGGCCCCGGCGCCCCCCACUCCUCCGCUCCGUCCCCCUCAUACCCUGGCCACAGGCUGCAGCAGAGCAUGGGCCAGUACCUCUCCACUUCAGGCAGUGCUGGACCCUAUUACAAGCCAGCUGACCAGUUCAAUGGGCAGAGCACCAGCUUCAGCACCUACAGCCAAGCAGCCAUCAGUGGGCCCGGCCGGUCGCUGCCGGGGUACCCCAGCUCGCCGCUGGCUGGGAACCCCACACCACCCAUGACGCCAGGCAGUGGCAUCCCCGCUUAUGCGUCCCCUGGUCAGGAUGUCAAGUCACCCUUCCUGGCAGACAUGAAGCCCAGCCUUGCCCCCCUGCACCCGUCCCCUUCGGGGCCAGCCCCCGGCGAGGAGUUGCGACUGACCUUCCCAGUGCGGGACGGCGUGGUAUUGGAGCCCUUCCGCCUGCAGCACAACCUGGCUGUCAGCAACCAUGUCUUCCAGCUCCGUGACUCUGUCUACAAGACCCUCAUGAUGAGGCCUGACCUGGAGCUGCAGUUCAAGUGCUAUCAUCAUGAAGACCGGCAGAUGAACACCAACUGGCCAGCCUCCGUCCAGGUGAGCGUCAACGCCACGCCACUCACCAUUGAGCGUGGUGACAACAAGACCUCCCACAAGCCGCUGUACCUGAAGCACGUCUGCCAGCCCGGCAGAAACACUAUCCAGAUCACUGUCACCGCUUGCUGCUGUUCCCACCUGUUCGUCCUGCAGCUGGUGCAUCGGCCCUCGGUGCGCUCAGUGCUGCAGGGGCUCAUCAAGAAGCGCCUGCUCCCUGCUGAGCACUGCAUCACCAAAAUCAAGCGCAACUUCAGCAGUGGGACCAUCCCAGGGACACCAGGGCCUAAUGGUGAGGACGGUGUGGAGCAGACAGCCAUCAAGGUGUCCCUCAAGUGCCCUAUCACCUUCCGGAGGAUCCAGCUUCCAGCCAGGGGUCAUGACUGCCGGCACAUACAGUGCUUUGACCUGGAGUCAUACCUGCAGCUCAACUGUGAGAGGGGGACAUGGCGGUGUCCUGUCUGCAAUAAGACAGCCCUGCUGGAGGGGCUGGAGGUUGACCAGUACAUGCUGGGCAUUCUGAUCUACAUCCAGAAUUCAGAGCAUGAGGAGAUCACCAUCGACCCGACCUGCAGCUGGAAACCUGUCCCUAUCAAACCUGAUGUUCACAUCAAGGAGGAACCAGAGGGGCCAGCACUGAAGCGGUGCCGGACACUCAGUCCUGCGCACAUGGUGCUGCCUAACAUAAUGGAGAUGAUUGCAGCCCUGGGGCCUGGCUCUGUGCCCUUCCCUGCAUUGUCACAACCUCCAGUGGGGACUGCCACUGACUACAGCACCCCGGGUUCCAGCUUUCUGGGUCCUGGGGGCUUCGCAGAUCCUUUUGCUGCCCCUGGUAUCCCUGGCACCUCAACGCUGACUGACUUCACAUCAGGCCCCCCAUCCAUUUCCUACCAGCCCAACAUCCCAGGUGGCCUUCUGGCCCCUGAGAAGCCUCCAGUGCCCCCUCUGCCUGCACAGCUUCCCCCACCGGGACGAAUGGAGCCAUCCCACCCCGCAGUGCAGACAGGGCUGCACAACACUCCCUCGGGCAGCCAGCCGGCCUCCACACUGCACUCCCGGAGCGCAGUGGCGCGGCAACCCCUGGGACCCCCGGCGCACACUGCCGACCUUGUCUUCCCCCCCGUACCCAGCAUGGCAGCGGCGGGUGAUGGCUCGGAGCCUACCCUCGACCUGUUUGCAGACAAAGUCCCGAAGACAGCAGAAAAUUUCCGUGCUCUGAGCACUGGUGAGAAGGGAUUCGGCUACAAGGGGUCCUGCUUCCACAGAAUCAUUCCUGGGUUCAUGUGCCAGGGUGGUGAUUUCACACGCCACAAUGGCACUGGAGGUAAAUCUAUCUAUGGGGAGAAGUUCCCAGAUGAGAACUUCAUCCUGAAGCACACAGGCCCUGGUAUCCUGUCGAUGGCCAAUGCCGGCCCCAACACGAACGGCUCCCAGUUCUUCAUCUGCACUGCCAAGACUGAGUGGUUGGAUGGCAAGCAUGUCGUCUUUGGCCGUGUCAAGGAGGGGAUGAAUGUGGUGGAGGCCAUGGAGCGCUGUGGGUCGAAAGAUGGCAAAACAAGCAAGAAGAUCACCAUCACUGACUGCGGGCAGCUCUCGUAAACCCUUCUCUCACCAACUAUAACCAUUCCUUGGGCAGCCUGGGCACCACACCCUGCUGCAGCUCACCCACUCCCACUCCAGUCCUGAUGUACUGCUGCGUUUCUAUUGGGUCAUGGUCCCACUGGGCCACAGUUACCUUUGAGUCUAAAUAAAACGAGUUAAACUACA